CGGAUAUAAGGCUUGAUUGGCAACAUGGAUCUAAAAACCCAGGGCCUUGCGCGUACAAAGUCAUGGGACUGUCAAAACGAAAGCCGUGCAAUGUCUUUGCAAUGCGAAACCGGACGAAAGCCGUCCUCUGGCUGCGCCCUAAGCUCACACGAUACAACUUUCAGAAGCAUAGACGUACCCAAACACCAGUGUGCCUUCUCCCGAUCCAUCCCAUCGUACCGACGAACCUAAUCCCCAUCCCCACGCCCACUGGCCUCGUCACCU